AUGGUUUCCCUUGGUCAGACUAUCUUGGAUGGAAUCAAGAGUGUGGAUGCAGAUGAGUGUCCUAAUAAAAUUAGGAAUUCUCUUCUACUGAUCUCUUGUUCAUAUGUUUAUGCUUUUGUUGCUGCAUCAUGGUUUUCUGGAAGUGGGAGUGUGAGAGAACAUAUUAUGGAGCUGAUAGAGAUCAAUGCUAGGUUGAGAGACAUAGGGAUAGGAGUUAAUGAUGAACAGGUUGUUCAUGUAGCACUGUUUUCCUUGCCAAGUGACUAUAGUAACCUUAGAACCUCCUAUAAUGCAACUGAGUCUAAAUGGGACCUCAACAAACUUAUUUCAAUUUGUGUGGAUGAAGAGGAUAGAAUUAAGAAGGAGAAAGAACCCACUAAAGCAGUGAACUUGGUUGAAAAACCCAAGUGGAAGGAACAGAACAAGCUUAAGCUGAAGAAGACAACCAAUACUAAAGUUUCUGGGAAACCUGCAGACUCAAAGGCUGCAAAGCCAUUCAAGUUUAAGUGUUACUUUUGCAAGAAGGUAGGACACAUGAAGAAAGAGUGCAGUGGUUUCAAAGCUUGGAUGAUUAAGAAGGGGUUUAACAAACAGGAGGAUACCAAAGAGAAGUGAGCUCCAAGUUUGUGUAGGAAAUGGGUCGAGGGUAGCUGUUAAAGCCAUUGAAACUCUGAAGCUAGAUUUAGGAUUAGGCAAGUUUAUUUUUCUGGACAAUGUUGAUUAUAUUCCUUCUUUAAAAAGGAAUUUGCUUUCAGUAGCUCUUUUAGUUAAAAUUGGUUGCAAACUCAUUAUCAAUUUCAGUGGA